AUGGCAGACAAGACUCGUUCACAAGAGAUCAAACGAUUAGAAGAAUUAUUUCGGGAAUUGUCCGACGCAAAUGAACUUACCAGCGAUUCCAUCAAACGAUUAACCGACGCUUCCUCCACUCAAGCGGCAUCCAUGGCUGCUCUCAAAGAUACGAUGGAAGGAGCCAAGAACCUCGUUUCCACUCUGAAUUCGAAGUAUGAACAACUUCAAGAAAAGGUUUCUUCCAAUUCUUUUCCUGCUUUACUUCCGAACCCUAAUGUGAAUUUGGGUUUGAAUUUGGGGCAAACAAGACUUUUUCAACCAAAAUUGGAUUUCCCUAAGUUUUUUGGUGAUGAUCCUGAGGCAUGGAUUUAUAAAUGCGAGAAGUAUUUUGAGUUGAACGCAAUCGAUGAAACACAAAAAAUCCGCUUAGCUUCUUUGCACAUGGAGGAUAAAGCCAUGCAUUGGUAUCGAUGGUUUGAGAAAUCUCAUACCCUACGAACUUGGAGAGAAUUUUCUAGGGUAUUACUUAUGAGAUUUGGGGAAAAUGUUUUCGAAGAUGCUAUGGGUCAGUUAACCAAAUUAAGGCAAUGGUCUACCGUUAAGUCUUAUCAAGAAAAAUUUGAGGAACUCGCAAACAAAACCACAGGGCUUACUGAGGAAUUUUUUAUCAGCUGUUUUGUGAGUGAGUUGAAGGAUGAAAUCAAAGGGGGAGUUCAAAUGUUUCGGCCAAGCACCAUUUCCCAAGCCAUGGGUUUGGCUAGGUUACAAGAAGAUACGGUGGAGGCUGUGAAUAAAAAGAAUAGGGGAUCAAUGAGGCCUGCUACCUCUUUUACUGCGCCACCACCUAAACCCCAAACUCUACUGCCCAAAACCAAUGAAUCUGGAGGCAAUGUUCGACGUCUAACCCCAAAAGAUUUUGAUGAGAAGAGGGCUAAAGGAUUGUGUUUUGGAUGUGAUGAGAAAUAUUUUAGGGGACAUGUGUGUACCAAGAAACAGUUAUAUAUGAUUGAACUUGAGGAUGAAGAAGAUGAGUUUGUGGAAGCUCAACAGGAGAUGUUACCAGAUGACACCUCAGAGGAGUUCCACAUAUCAGUCCAUGCACUGUCAGGCAUUCAGUCUUACAAGACCAUGAGAGUUAAAGGGUUCAUCAAGAAAACUGUGGUCCACAUCUUGGUGGAUUCUGAAAGUACACAUAACUUCUUGGAUCCCGGAGUGGCUAAAAAGGCUGGGGUUAGAAUUCAGAGCAUCAACCCUUUAACAGUUGUGGUAGCUGAUCGAACUAAAAUCAAUAGUAAGGCCAUGGUGAAAAACCUUCAUUGGACUGUACAAGACACUAACUUCAUUUCUGAUGUGAAACUUUUACCUUUGGGAGGGUGUGACAUGGUGUUGGGGGUGCAGUGGUUGUCCACCUUGGGACCAGUUUUGUGGGAUUUCCAAAAUUUGCAAAUGCAGUUCUCUGUCUUAGGGAAACAGUUGGUAUUACAAGGGGAUACUUCAGCUGAUAUUCAGGUGGUGGAUGCUAAGAGAAUGCAACAUCUGCUCAACAAGAAUUGCCCAGGGGUGCUAGCUCAGUUGUGUAGCAUUCAAGUUGACAAACCUGCUGAGGUACAUUCUGAUUUACUCCACAUCUUGCAUGAUUUCUGUGAUGUUUUUGCUGAACCAAAAGGGCUACCCCCAAUUAGAGUUCAUGAUCAUCAGAUACCCCUUAAAAUUGGUACUCAACCUCCCAGCAUCAGACCUUACAGAUAUCCUUACAUUCAAAAAAAUGAAAUUGAAAAGAUCGUCUAG